UAAGCCUGACCUGUUUCGAAAUAUGUUUGAAUUCCCGAACUGAGGUUUUAUGUUAAACAGAGCCACGUUUUCCGUCACUUCUUUAUAUCUAAUUGUAAAUAUCUGGUUAUAGUUUUGCGGUUGCUUGUAAAAGAUUUCACCCAUGUUUAAAAAACGCAUUAUUAGUUCAGUGGAAAGACGUUUGCUGUAGCAGAAUUUCGUAAUUAUCAUAUUAGACAUAAUGUGUUAAUUUUAAAUUGAAUUAUUUUAAACUGCUUUUUAAAUGUUUCUUAACUGCCAUCAUGUAUGUCAACGUAAUAGGUAAAUUUUGAUUAUAUUAUACUUGUUUAUGCUGCUUUUACAGAUUGUAAUGAAUUUUUUGUUGAGAUAUUCUCAUUGAAGAUUGUGAACAUAGUCAGUUUCUUGAGGUUUUUUUAUAGACUGUCAUACCUUAGAAUUUUCCCAUUAUUUUGGAAUGAAUGCAACAGGUGCUCGCCCUAAAAACCGACAUCCUAGAAAUGAUGAUAACCAACAAAGUGAUGGGAAUGAAGGGUCUGAUAGUAAAGAGGAAGACAGAAAUAAUACUAAGAAGAAUGAAACAGAAAAUGGGAAUGCUGAGAUAAACCAUGAAAAUGAAUUGGAACAAACUGAUGGGACCUCUCACACUGAGCAAGCUGAUGCUCAGAAUAACAAAAGUGCCAGCAGUGAUGGAUCAAAACGUGUUAGUCCUGUGUUAUUUGAAGAAAGAGAACCGAAGAAGAUGACUAGUACGUCAAGUUAUAAACCUGCUAGAAGAUAUCCCAACAGAGAUUCCUUAUUGAACCGCCAUAGAGAUUUGAGUCAAGAGAACAAAAGGAUUCUUGGCUCCACUGUGUCUCGAAAUUCAUCUUUAGCACCACUCUUACGGGAAGGAGGCGGAUUAGGAGGAAUAUUAGGGGACAUUCCGGAUUAUUAUACUGACGGUGGGGAAACAAUUUUUACAGAAGUAACUGUGCAGUUCUUGAAUGCUCAAGUAAGAAGCUUGAAAGAAGAAUUAGAAACUUUAAUUCGUGAAUGUGUUGAUAAGGAUGAAAUGAUAAUAUUACUGGAGCAACGCUUAAAAGAUACAGAAAUAGAUCGCACAAAGCUGCAAAGAGAAAACUCGAAUAAAGAGCAGCAGAUCGAAAAGCUGCAGAAAACCUUAGAUGAGACCAAAGAUAAGUGUGAUAGAAUUAAAAAGGAACUUAGCUUUGUGAAUAAGGAAACUGACAUCCUUAAACAAGGACAAAGACAAGCUGCAUCUAUUAAGUCUAAUUUGGAAACAAAGCUAUCCCGUGCACUGGAAGAAAAUGAGCGCAUUAAAACAGAAAUGCGUCAGCUUAAACAAGCCAGUAAGGAAGCUCAGGAAAACUAUCAGAGGAAAAUGGAAGAACUGUCUACUGAAAACAGGCGUAUAGACAAGCAAAAUUCAGAGUUGCAUAAUGCUAUUAAAAAGCAGAUGCAGUUGAUUAAUAAUUUGAAAAGGCAAAAGAUGCAUAUUGAAGCUGCGACUGCUCUUCAGUUUUCGGAAGAAGAAUUUAUGAAAGCUCUUGACAGAGGUACCUGAAUGAUGGUCAUCUUUUUACUGCCAUUUGUAAAAGUCUGUUCAUCACUGGAUAAUACUUGAGUGCCUUUUUGAUAAUAUCAUAAAGAUUCAUUGAUAAUAUUUCUGUAGUAAAUUACAAGGAUAUCUUUUAAUGGAAGAUGCAGUCUGUGGGACCGUCUGAAAGCAAUUGUAGAUAUUUUAGAAUUUCAUUGUUAUUUCAUGACUGAGAAGUUUUAUUUCCCAUUGGUCAUUUACUAAGAAUGUGAAGUAAAAUUACUAUAUUUUCUAUUUUUGUUUAAAAAAAUGUAUUAACCUUAAAUAAAUAUUUACUUUUGUUUUUCUCUCA